AUGCAACCUACAACCUCGUCCUCGGGCCGGUCCCAGGGCCGCCCCCCGGGGAGCUUCUCGCCCUUGCCUGGGCUGCCGCGGUCGUCCAGCGACCUCGCCCAUGCGCCGGGCUCGUCUCGACCACCUCCCCUGCACAUUGACUCGCCCAGCAGUAGCGAGGAGAGCUCGCCCGCCCAUGCGAUCCCCAAAGCGCGGCGGCCCAGCCUCAACACCCCGUCCACGCCGAUAUAUCAGCAGCUGGCCGCCGCCAGCCAUGCCACCCUCAACAGCCCCAGCGCCCAGCAGUCCUAUCCUCGCCCGGCCGCCCCCCGAACGACCGCAGCCCAGGGCUCUUCGUCGCCCGUCCUCAAGACCCAUUCGAGGAAGCACGCCGCCACCCAGGGCAUGUUCGAGCCGACUCUGCCCUCGACAAGCACAUCCAACCUGUCGCAAGUCGGAAUGGGGCCCAACAGUCAGGCUUCAGGCUCCGCAACCGCGGGCUUGUCGGCCAGCCAGAUCGCAGCGCAGGCCGCCGUCAUGUCCCAUCAGAAUAUCCUCCAGUCGCGCCAGCGGUCCCAGACGGCUCCGGAAACCGAAAACACUCGAAGGGGCAGCGGCGGCAAAGGCCCUAUAAGCCCUCCUACCCUGAGCCUAACAGAGGCGAGCGCGCCCAGGGAGUCUGCCUUCAGUGCCCAAGGAGGAACGCAUCAGGACAGGCUUGGGGCAGCCUCGCAGUCUUCGGCUGCUGCUACGGCCGCGGCCAAUGUUGUGUUUCCUCGUUCUGGAGGCAAUUCCCCUCGAGAUCCGUCCGUAUCCCCACAGCCACUGCCGUUCCCAACUCUGCCCGCCGCGGCAUCUGCCCCCUCCGUUGCAGAGAAGCCUCUGUCAAAGUCGGAAAAGGCAAAGGCAAAGCUGUUUUCGCGGCCGUCCAAGAUCAGUGCCAAGGACACCAAGGAUAAGGCAUUGCCCAGUCCCGGCAAGAUUGGGUCGGCCUUGUCAGCCCUCCAACGAAGCAACUUUAGCUCAACCAGCCUCGUUGAUCCCACUGGUCAGUCGUUCUACAACCUCAACAAUUCCUCGUCCGCUACCAUCCGACCGAGCGAAGGGACUGGGGAGGAAAAGACCAAGGAGAAGGAGAAGAAACACCACUUUCUCUCGAGGCAGAAACAGAAGCUCAAGGACGAAUACCACCUGCCUCUAUCGUCAGCUGCCAGCAACUCGAGACCCAGCGACCCCAACGCACCGAGCAGCCUUUACAACUUCAGCGUCCCCGCCAGCCCGGGCCCUACCACUUCUACCUUUGCCAAGGCCAAGAAGGACAAGAAGAAUGCCGAGAGAUCGGACAGCCGCGUGGACAGUGAGUCAGCUCCUGGGGAUUGGCCAGGGAGCAGCAGCCUGCCAUCAAUGUCCCAGCAAUCGAGCAGCCUGUUCGACGCAAUAGAUGGCGGCAAGUCGGCGGCAGUAGGCUUAUCCAUGGACGACGCCUGGCACUACCUCAAGCCAAAGCUUCUCGUCAUCUUCCAAGGCGAGGACCUCCGUAUCCCGGUGGAGGAUAUCAACCGGAUCGUCAGCCUACAUAUCCAAUGGUGCGUCCACAAGAGGUCACCAAACAAGAUGCUGGAGGAUCUCAGGGAGCUUUUAUCCUCGGGCUUCGCCACAAUGGACAGGACGCUACGGAAGACGCCGGAAGAGCGCUUCAUGCCGACUCUCGUGGAGCUGUGGCUCUUUACCUUUACCUCUAUCCUGCCGUACAUGCAGGCGGCGUUGCUCCCUCUUGACCUGGAGGUCUCUGGGUGCGGAACCAUCAUGACGGCCGAGCAAUCUCGCGACUUUUGGGGCGGCGUUGUUACGGCUCCGUCUCCGUCAGCAGCAGCAGAAGGACAACCAGCUCAAGUACUGCCUGCUUCUGCCGUUCUUGACGUGAGGCGGCUGGUCUUGACGGCUUAUCGCGACGCCGUCAUCCUGCCGCGAUACGACACACUCAAGACGAUCUUCUCGCGCCUAUCACUCGAGUUCCUACCCUCUGCGUUUGCCAACAUGGCACUCGCUUCUCCCCCUCUGGAACCCAGCCUCUCCGCCUCCCCUCCCGAAUCCUUCUUUUCCAUGGCCCGCCCAGGCACAGCCAUGUCGCUCGACCCGUCAGUCGGCUCAUACAACUCCACGAGCACUACCCUCCUGGGCGACGGCUCCGCCGGCAGCCGUAGCCGGGCCGUGAGCAAUGUCAGCCUUGGGAGCCGCAACAGCGACGGCGUCAUCCGCCCCUUUACGCCGUCGGGAGCCCUCAGCAGCGUCCGCGAGCAGAAUGUUGAAGACUCGAAGCAGGUGGCCGACAUGGUGGGCCGGAUGCUGCAGUGCAUGAGCGUGCUGUCGAGCAUUGGCGGCGUGGGCGGCGACGUCGACGACGAGGGCAACAGGAAGAUGGUUGAGCUGUGCAAGAUGCUCAAGCUGAACUGGCUGGGCAGGGGCCGGACGGGGCGCAACAGGAUGGGCAUUGUGGGGGGGAGGGUUCGGAGGGAUGAGAUUCGGGAAGAAGUGAGGGUAGUUUAG